AUGGCCGGACGCCAAAAAGAGAAAGUGCUCCUAGAUGAGGUCCAUCAGAACCAGAUCCUGCGGGAAUUAUACCUCAAAGAGCUUCGAACCCAGAAACUCUACACACAGUACCACGUGAAUCCCCUCCGCAAAGUUCACACAAUCACCAGAAAGCCCAUGUCUCGGCAUGAUAACCUGGAGGAACCUGCAGAUGCCAGGUUUCUAAAUCUCAUCCACCACGCUGCCCUUGGGCCAAGGAAGAAAUACACAGAGACACAGACCGAAAGCCAAGAAAUCGGAUGGGACUCAGAGCCCUUGGUCAACCCGGAACGUGAUGACCGCAGGCUGAACCACUUCAGGGUCUACAACGAUAUCACGCUGUACAAAGCUAAAAUGUGGAGCUUGGGAGAAGAUGAUCGCCACAAGUAG